GUGACCUGAACGCAGCAUAAACAUGCGCAGACAUGGCGUUUCGUGCGUCUCCUUGGCGACGGAGUGGAACCGGAAUGAUGGAGGAGCGAUGGAGAGGCGCAGAAUGAAUUAUGGAAGGAUGAGUGCUGAAGCAGCCGACCGGGUGGCUGCUGUGACCAGCGGUCGGCCCAGUACGCCUCUGCAGACGUCCUGGUUUGAGUUCCUCCUGGACGGCAGCCUGCUGGAGAAACACCUGCAGAAAUCAAAUGCAGACCCGACUCCGGUGCAGCUGAUCGUCCAGUUCCUGGAGCAGGCGUCCAAACCGUCGGUGAACGAGCAGAAUCAGGUUCAGCCUCCAGCAGACAACCGCAGGAACCGAACCCUGAAGCUGCUGGCGCUGAAGGUCGCCGCACACAUAAAGUGGGACCUGGAUUCACUGGAGAAAGGACUGACCAUCCCAGUGUUGAACAUGCUGCUGAAUGAGCUGCUGUGUGUCAGCAAAGUGCCUCCAGGUGUGAAACAUGUGGAUCUGGAUCUGUCCACUCUGCCUCCGACCACCGCCAUGGCAGUGAUCAUCUACAACCGCUGGGCCAUCAGAACCAUCGUGCUGAGCAGCUUUCCAGAGAAACAAACCAAACCAGGACCUCAUCAGAUAAACAUGUUAAAUAUCGUGCAGCAGGAGAAAGAAAUGACAGAAAACAUCCUGACUGUGCUGAAGGAGCAGGCGACCGACUCCAUCACCGUCCUGGAAGGAGCUCUGCAGCUGAAGAAGGACUUCUACGUCCACACUCUGAGGACUCUGGACCUGCUGGCCGCUGACGCUGCCGCUAACGGAGAAACCGAAUCCUCCACAGCCGGGCUUCGAAUCAGCGCCGAUGACCUGCACUGUCAGGUGCAUUAUGAUCUGGGAGGUAUUUUCUUCCAACAAGGCUGCACCGACCAGCCAACCUAUGAGAAGGCCAGAGAUCACUUCAGACAGACCAAGGAGCUCUUGAAGAAGCUGGACUCGACCGUCCACGUCCACCUGGACGAGAAGCGUCUGGCCGGUUACUGGAACGCCUGCAGAGCUCUGACCGGAGACUGUGACCCCUGCGACCCCCAGACGACCCCCUACGACCAGAUCAACAGCCUGAUCCGAGCCCACAACCACCAGGCCGUCAUGGAAGCCUUCAUCAAAGACAACGUGUCCCGCAGUUUACCGAACCACUUCAGACGCUCGGUUCUCAGAGAGUUCUUGUACAAAGUCCAGCAGGGCCUUCAGGUCAUCUAAAUUCAUGUAUCCCUGCUUUUCUCCCUAAAGCACCACAGUUAUUAAAACAUCACGCAACACUGGUUCAUAUAGCUCAACAACAAAAUAUAAAAACAUUUUCUUUACCAUGUUCACACCGGUUUUCUCUCUCAAUAGCAUUAUCCAUCAUGUCAUAUCUAUGUACAUACCCAUAUGUACAUUUAUCAAGCCUCAUCUGUAGAUGUGAAAGGUGUCCAUAGUCUUUAGUUUAUCUUCAUUUGUUGGCUUUAUUGUAACUUAUCUUGACUUGACUCAUCUUGACUUAACUUAU